GCAAUUUAGUUUCGUUAUCGAAUCGGUGCGCAACACAACCACCAUCCAGUAUCCACACUUAAAUAUAUAAUUAUUCGUAUGGCGCGCUUUUGUUGUUUGUUGGUGCUGCUCGCAGUAGCUGGCUAUGGAGUCGCUGCACCUGCACCGGGCAAAGCCCAGGGACGCACAUUUGGAUUGCUUGGCGGUGGCUUAGGCGGAGGUGUUGGACUCAGCGCUGGCAUUGGCUUGAAUGCCGGUCUCUAUAGUGGAUUUGGAGGUGGUCAUGGAGGUGGCUUCGGUGGUGGCUACUAUCCAGGCGGUGGCUAUGGAGGCUAUGGCCGACCUGGCUUUGGCGGUGGUUACUAUCCAGGAGGAGGCUAUGGCGGAGGCUACGGCGGUGGCUAUGGAGGUUAUCCAGGUGGCGGCUAUGGCGGCGGUUUCUAUCCCGGCGGUGGCUACAACAACUUCGGUGGCUCCUAUGGUGGUCAGUACAGUCAAUCGCAGUCGCAGUACUCCAACAACUAUUACAAUGGCGGCUAUGGCGGUGGCGGUGGCUUCUUUGGCAAAUAA